AUGGGAGAGAAGCGGAAGGCCUCCGGCGACGCUCCCGGGACGUCGCCGCUACCAGCAAGGAUACGGACCGCCUCAACCGAAGACGAGGACGUCUCCCACGGAGGAGACCCCGGGAGCGGCGGAGAACGCAGGAGGGUGGAGGUGGAUCCACUGCCUCAGCCUCUGCCGAUGGCAGGGAUGGACGCCAACCUAACAGACAGCUCAGGACGGAUCGACUCCUUCAUUCCCGGGACGUCGCAGCCACCUGCACGGAUGAGGGCCGCCUCAACCGACGGCGAUGACGUCUCCCACGGUGGAGGCCUAGGGAGCGGCGGAGAGGGCAAGAGGGUGGAGGUGGUGGUGCCAACGCCUCAGCCUCUGCCGAUGGCAGGGACGGACGCCAACCUGACUGACAGCUCAGGACGGAUCGACUCCUCCGCUCGCGCAGUCGACGAGGAAGCGUCGUCGCCGUCGCGGAAUGGGGAGGAGCUAGCUGCGGCGGCGGGACAGCUGGAGCCACCGCCACCGCCGUCCGAUCAGCCCGUCGAAGCGGCGGAGGCGCCGCAGCCACUGCCCAAUGACGAGCUGGAGGCCUCCGGCGACGCUCCCGGGUCGUCUCAGCCACCUGCACCUUGGAGCGAAGCUGAAAACAACGAGAGGAUGUUUACCGACGAGGAGCUAGGAGACGCCACGAGGGCCCAGGUCGAGGCUGCGAUCGGCUUGUUGCGGUUGGGGAGGGCACUUGCAAACCGUGGCGUGGCGAGAGCAGAGUCCACGGAUGGCGGCUCGUCUUCCAGUGAGCAAGAAGAAGUGACCUCCUCCGCACCCGCGUCGCCGUCCGGGAGUGAGGAGCAGCUUGCUGCGGCGGCGGCGGCGGCACAGGCCACUGGAGGUCAUCACGUCGACCAGCCCGCAGAGGCGGAUGCGCAGCCACUGCCCAGCGACGAUGAGUCCGUGGCGUCGGCGGAGGUCAUGGACCCCGCCGCUGACUCUGAGGACUCCGACUAUCUCGGCAGUCCAUGA